CCUUCGAAAACUGAACGUAAGCUGUGAGCCUCCGAAUUCUAUAGUCUGUAUAAAUACCCACUCGAUACUGUGUUAUUGCCACUCACUCAUCUUCCUUGUCGCCGUUUCUACUCUUCCUUCAAUCCGAUCAUUUCACAGUUCGGAAACCAAAAAUGGCUUCGUUUGUUUUACAGUUUGUCCCGCAGCUUGUCGUUCUGAUCUCUCUCUUCCAUCUGUCCAUGGCUGCCAGAAACCUCGAGCAACUGGUUCAGGACCAGACAAGCUCCACCUUGCGAUACCACAAUGGCCCCCUUCUCUACGGCAAAAUCUCUGUUAAUCUCAUCUGGUACGGCCAGUUCAAGCCUGCCCAGCGAUCCAUCGUCUCCGAUUUCAUCAGCUCGCUGCCUGCUUUUUCUUCUUCCAAGCCUUCGGUCGCAGGGUGGUGGAAGACCACGGAGAAGUACUACCGCCUCGCUGCCAAGACCCGGAAGCUCUCCUCGUUGCCCUCCCUGUCUCUAGGAAAGCAAAUUCUGGAUGAGAGCUAUUCAAUGGGAAAAUCCCUCUCGGAGGCUCAGAUCAAACAAUUGGCGGCGAAAGGGGGCCAGUCCAACGCCGUUAACGUCGUUCUCACCGCCUCCGAUGUCACUGUCGACGGAUUCUGCAUGAGCCGGUGCGGGACCCACGGAUAUUCCCGGAGCAGCAAAUCCCACAAGUUCGCGUACAUCUGGGUCGGGAACUCGGAGACGCAGUGCCCGGGUCAGUGCGCCUGGCCGUUCCACCAGCCGAUCUACGGCCCGCAGAGCCCCCCGCUGGUGGCCCCCAACGGCGACGUCGGUAUAGACGGGAUGGUGAUCAACCUGGCCAGCCUCCUUGCCGGAACCGCAACAAACCCUUUCGGAAAUGGGUUCUACCAGGGCGCCACCGAUGCCCCGCUGGAGGCCGCGUCUGCUUGUCCGGGAGUAUACGGCAAGGGGGCCUAUCCUGGCUACGCCGGCGACCUUCUGGUGGAUCCGGCGACGGGAGCUAGCUACAACGCGCAUGGCACUAAUGGGAGGAAGUACUUGGUUCCGGCGUUGUUCGAUCCGGCAACGUCUUCUUGCUCCACACUGGUUUAAGAAUGGCGGCGAUCGAGUUAGUAUAAGGGACGAUCACUUACGUAUAGAGAUUAAAAAAAAAAAAACAGAGAAUAUUGUAGUGAUUCAUUGGUUCGUUUAUUUGUUAGGGUUUGUUGUUAAUUAAUAUAUAUAGAAGCAAGUUCAUUUGCUUCACAUUCUAUUAA